UUCAAACAUUUCAAACCCAGAAUUUUGCCCUUGUAGUUUAAAAAAUGAUGGCUCAAAUCGGUAUAAACGGUUUCGGCCGUAUCGGAAGACUGGUAGUACGAAUAGCCAUUGAAAAAGGCCUCAAAGUAUCGGCAAUAAACGACCCAUUCCUCGAUCCAGGUUACAUGGUCUACCUAUUCAAAUACGACUCCACCCAUGGAAAGUUUCAAGGUUGCGUUAGCACCGACGGAAAGGCAAUUUUCAUCAACGGAAACAAAGUGGAAGUGUUCAAUGAAAAAGACCCCAAACAAAUUCCUUGGGGCCGCGUCGGAGCUGACUACGUUGUAGAAUGUACAGGCAUGUUUACGACUGUUGAAAAGGCAACUCAACACAUCACAGGGGGUGCUAAAAAGGUAAUUAUAUCAGCACCGUCGAAGGACGCUCCUACUUUUGUAGUCGGGGUCAAUUUGGACAAGUACGAUCCGGCUUCUCAGCACAUUUUAUCUAACGCUUCAUGUACCACCAACUGUCUAGCUCCCUUGGCCAAAGUUAUACACGACAAUUUCGAAAUCGUAGAAGCCCUGAUGACUACUGUGCACGCUACUACAGCCACACAAAAAACAGUGGAUGGACCUUCAGGGAAAAUGUGGCGAGAUGGACGUGGCGCUGGCCAGAACAUCAUUCCUGCUUCAACAGGAGCUGCAAAAGCUGUAACGCUAGUUAUUCCAGAGUUGCAAGGCAAACUGACCGGCAUGGCUUUUCGAGUUCCAGUUCCGAACGUAUCUGUUGUGGAUUUGACUUGCCGAUUAGGCAAACCGGCGAAAAUGGAUGACAUCAAGAGGACAGUUAAGGCGGCGGCACAGGGAGAGUUGAAAGGCAUCAUGGGAUAUACUGAGGAAAUGCUCGUUUCCAGCGACAUUAAUGGUGAUUGUAGAAGUUGUAUUUUUGAUUCUGUGGCUGGAAUUUCUUUGAAUGAUAACUUUGUUAAAUUGAUUGCGUGGUACGAUAACGAAUAUGGAUAUUCUCACAGAGUUGUGGAUCUCAUCAACUAUAUCCAUACAAAAUAGGUUUUUUUGAGACUCUAAUAACUACAUUUUAUGUACCUUUUUUGAAAAAUUACUUCGUAUUAGAACAUUGUAUACAAUCUUUGUUAAUAAAUACUUAAUG